AUGCGUCACACUAGCACUGCAGCUCCCGCACAACGCGUUGCAAAAACACUGAGAACACAACUCGCCUUGAGAAAAGUCACUGAGCGGUUGCGCUCGUGCUACCAGCGCCCGCGAGAGAAAAUAGAGUCAGCAUGGCGAACUGAAUUGCGCGAGAAAAUAGCACGGGGGAUAGAGAAACGGGACGAUGGAAAUAGGCUAGCGGAUGGAGAGGGACAAGGAGAUGCACGCACCGUUAUUGGGUUGUUCAGUAGAGCAGCAGGUCGUGUUGGACACGGCAGCAAAUAUUGA